AUAAUGUAAAUAUUUUUUAGCUUUAUCUGUUAUGUUUUAGAUCUUGUUGCAUCUGCAUUAACCUGGAGACUUAAAUCAUAUUUUCACAAAUAUGUUUGUAUGUUAGGGAAUUCAAACAUGAAUAAAGAUGCUGAACAUUCAUUCAAGGUUUUCAAACAUCUACAUCUGUAAAACUACUGUUUGGAAGCGUUUGUCUCUUCAGCUCAGUUAUUGGCAGUAGCCUAUAGUUAUUUUCGUGGUGCUCUAUAUUUUUCUGUAGAGUAGAGCGUGGUAAACUUAUCAUAUAAUUGGAUUUAUUUGUGUGAUAGAUAGGACUGGAUAAAGAGUGAGUGGGCAUUCGUAACUUACCUGUUGUGAAAUAUGUGUGUCUUGCAUUAUAAGAAAUAUAUAAGAUAAAAGUACUUACCAGUCAUAUCAAUCUUUGUAAGAAAGAGCGCCACCAGCCGUGACCGUCCAAACAGCAAACACUCGCGCGCGGCAGUGACGUCAUCGCACGCAGUAUCGCGCGCGUUGGCUUCGGAAGGUUUCGCGCGUUCAUGUUUUUACAGUCUGAUUUUCGCAACCAAUAUGAGAAUGACUAAUUUCGAGAAAAUGGUCGCGGACCAAGUCCGUCGACAUAGGUACCUCUAUGACCCGAUUAUGCGCGAUAAUACUGACGUUCAAAUUAUUAAAAAUGCAUGGAACGAUAUCGCCGCUGCCACCGGAAAAGACGAGGCAGAUUGCCGUAAAGCGUGGAAGAAUUUAAGAGACAAGUUUGUGAGGAUCAAGAAGAGGGUCUACACAGGAAGCAUUGAUCCAAGUCCAUACACGAUCAUGACAGAGCUGGAAUGGUUAAGCCAAUUUGUUAAACAUCGGGGAAAAGGCCCAAAUGUGAAGGAAACAUAUAAAGUGGUCUCCAUUGAGGAACAAUUGAAGACAAACAGCUUCCCAACCUCUCCGGCAUCAGAAACAUCAGAGACUGUGACUUCUGCCAUACCUCCACCCCUGUCCCUCAUGCAAUCAUCGCCACGUCCUCCCACUCCAUCCACUCCUCCACCCUGUCCAUUACCCAAACGCAGCUCCUCGCCUUGUUCAAUUUCAGCUUACCCUACCACAAGCAUCUCAUCCUGUUCCAAUGCCUCACCAUCUUCUUCUGACUUAAUGCCAAAGAGAAUGUCUACCACUGAGGAAGCCUUACUGAAGAUACUGGAGCAGCUGGACUGGGAGAGGGAGAGGACCAUGAUGCAGGACACUGAAGAUUUCAGAUUCGCUGCCGUCAUUGCUGACAUGUUGGCAAAAAUUGAUCCUCAGCGGAAGCCUGAGGUUAAAUUCAAGAUCCAUCAAGUAUUGUAUGAAGCUGUUCAAAAAACUCAAACAUAAACAGCAUAAUGUUUUCACUGAGACAUAUAAAUAUAUAUUAUUUCACAGAUGUAAAUGUUUAUGUAUAUUAAUAAAAACUUCAAUAUUCAA